CGAGCGCAAGGCAGAGACCCGCGGGAGGCAGCGCAGCCGCGGGAACGGCGAACUUUCGGGAGAUGCAGCAAUGAAGAGAAGCGGCGAGCGGCGACGGCGGCACCGACGGAGCGCGCCUUGAUCGCUGCCGCUUGGACCCGAGGGGAGCUGCACGGCGAUCUCGGCGCGGGCUUGGCACUGCGGAGCCCCCUCCCCGCGCACCGCGGACCCUUGCACACCCCAGACCCAUGGCUGCCGCCGCCGCCGCCGGCCCGGCUCCGCGGAUCCUCCUGCUGUCGUCCUGGGCGCUGCUCCUGCUCCUGGCUGCUCUGCUCCACUCCGCCGCACCAGAGAAGGAAGUGCCAAGCAGACCUUUAAGAGUGCGCGGCCGACCAUCAUCAGCUGACAGGGCGUUUGUUCGGUGGAGGCCACCCCAUUCUUCAGGUUCAAGGAACCUACGUAGAUAUCCAGGUUACCUCUUGGGAUAUGGAGAGAGCAGCAGAAAGAUGAGUUAUAAGCCACUGCCAAAAGAAGAAAGAAGUCAUGAGGUUAAAAGAUUAGAAGAGGAUGAGCUGGAGGAGACAAAAGACAUCGCUGUUCGUGUAAUGUCUUCUCAGUCCGUGCUUGUUACCUGGACAGAUCCCAUCUAUGAGAAACAGAAGAAGCCUGUCUCCUCUAGGCAGUACACUGUCCGUUAUCGAGAGAAAGGGGAAUCAGCGAGGUGGGAUUACAAACAAAUACCCAACAGAAGGGUGUUGGUAGAUAAACUGAUUCCAGACACUAUGUAUGAAUUUGCAGUUCGAAUCUCGCAGGGAGAAAGGGAAGGCAAGUGGAGUGCCUCAGUUUAUCAGAGAACCCCAGAAGCAGCUCCCACUGGUGCUCCAGAAAACCUGAAUGUUUGGCCAAUUAAAGGCAAAACAGCAACUGUUGCUGCUACCUGGGAUGCUCUUCCAGAGAGUGAAGGAAAAGUGAAAGAAUACAUUCUCUCAUACGCCCCCGCUCUCAAGCCCUUCGGAGCAAAGUCCAUUUCCUACCCGGGAGAUACGACAUCCGCCCUAGUGGAAGAUCUGCAGCCUGGGGAGCGCUAUAUUUUCAAAAUUCGUGCCGCAAACAGGAGGGGCCAAGGGCCUCAGUCUAAAGCCUUCAGUGUUGCCAUGCCAGCAACCAAUAUAGGUGAAUCAAAUAUUGAUCAACAAACAAAUAUUGAAGCGGAUUUGGAACCGAAAGCAUCUAAGAAUUCUGCACCUUCUUCCUCUGUUCACACCUCUUCUGCCUCAUCACCGUCCUCUUCCUCUAAGCAAACUUUGGGUCAUUCAUCUACUUUUCUUGGUGGCAGAGAUUCAAAAAGUUCUGCUUCUGACUUAAAGAACAAACUCCUAGCUGGGAGCAGAGUCCCUACCAAGUCUCAGGUGUCUUCUAGAAAGGGAGCAGAGCUAGAAACUGAUUCUCUCUCCAGAGAAGACACUGCUGACCACAGUCCCUCCAAAGAAGCUGCAACAGUGCAGCCACAAAAUCAGGAUGUUAAGAGCAGUGUGAAGUCACACUCCCCAAUUAAACCUCCACACUCUGUCAUUUCCUCAGGUAAAACACCUCAUAGGUCACGCACACCUGUAAGAACAGGGCAGGCAAGCACUGAUAAGCAUCGGUCAUCACCACCCUCCCUCUCACCACACCCUUCGUUAUCUUCCAUCCCUAACUAUCCCAAAAUUGAAACAAAAAAUCUAAGACAGAGCAGCUCUAAACUACCUUCUUCCCAUGAAGCCACGCUGGAUAAUCUGCCAGUUGAUAAUGAAAGUAAUGAUCAAGUUGACAGUUCAGAGGAAAAACCUAAACUUCCAGAAGUUAAGCAUUCAGUUUCACAUUCAAAUCAGCAGGCAUCUGGAUCUCGGAAGGUAGUUCAGAAUCACCCCUCAAAACCAUUCCUUCCUUCUGUAUCAUCUGCAGCCUCAAAUUCUCAAAGUCAUUCACACCAUCCCUCUUAUAAACUAGUUCCCCCUGAUACCAGUGAUGCUUUUGACGCUGAUAAAAGCAAAGAAACCGAAAAAAGAGAGCAAAGACCAGGUUCUAGGCUCUCUUCUCCUCAGGGCAGUUCAUCUGCAUCUGUGCAAACGAGGCCUCUCCUGCACUCUAACCGCCAUGUGCCACGAGAUCCGAGAGUUUCUGCGGUUGCUGCUGCUGCUACUCAUACUUUACCUCACUCACAUAGCUCAUCUGCUAAACGUAAGGCUGAGGGAAAAGAAGGUUCUGAUGCUAAUACUGGUGAAAAUGAUGGAGAAGAUGAAGAGAACAGAAGAAGGCCAUCUUCUAGAUUCAGUUCUAGGUCCUCUUCAAGUUUGUCUGCAUCUGAACGCUUUAAUUUGUUCAAAUAUAGAUCAGCCCUUACUGCCAACAGAUUUGCCAACAAAGGCAGUAAUAUAUAUGGCACGAGGACUCCACCCCCAAAAGGCCCCUCUACUACACAGUCCUCAAAGGUUCAACCUCAGUCCAGUUUACGUUUGGCAUCAGGCAGUAAUCACAGGUCCAGUUCCAAUAAAGACAAAGAACUGGAGGAUGAAGAUGAAAGUCCUCUGCCUUCAACUCUUCCUAAUGCUUAUUCACCAUCCUUUUCUAAACAAUCUUCUUCAGUGGACUAUACCAAAAGGAGGAGUUCUCUGGCUGAACCUAAGAAUCAUCACAGAGUUAUACAAGAAAACUAUAGCAAAGAACGAGAAGCUACAGAUAUAGAUUCUUCACUUAAAGUUCAACACUCUGAUGCUGUGUCUUCAGUGUCUAGCCAAUCCCCUUCAUUAAGCAGAACAAACCAUCAUUCCGGUGUUUCUUCUCAGUUAACAAAUGGCCAUAGUUCAAGGUCCAGAGGCUCAUCUGCAUCUUCUGAUUCUUUAUUAAGGACAUCUAUGGAAAAGUCAGUUCCUUUACAGCCUCCUGCGUCUAAAUAUCAACCUGACCAUCUCGAGAGCAAAGAUACACCUCCUAAGUCGAAGCAAGCCUCACCUUUGUCUAAAAAACCAUUGAUGGGAAGGUCUCAUGCUUUAUCCCGUAAAACUCUUCAUCCAGAAACCAGCUAUUCCUCAAAAGCAUCAACAGAUCAGUCGCAACAUUCAAGAAGCCACCUUACAAGAUCAUCCCACCAGAGUAAUGAAAAACUAGAAGACAGAGAUGAUGACAGUUUGGAGGAAAACUAUUAUAAAGAGGCAAGUGAUAAAGAGGAACAGAAGGGUUCUUAUUCAAUACCUGCCAAAGAAGUCUCUCCAUCUAGGAGAAUAUCUCAGGGAAGAACCAGCUCUCUUUCAAAGCAUUCUGAGUCUCAGACCAGUAAAUCUGGGCAAAGAUCUUCAACUCAGCGAGAGUCUUUAACCUCCUCCAGAGGUUUAGGUCUGUCACCAGGAAGACAUGCUGGGUCAAAGAUUAUUGCAUCUAGUGAAGAUACAUCUGAUGCCUAUAAAUUGCCAGCAUCUCCCCAUCAAUCCAAAUCUGUUCAGCCAGCAUCUACCUCUAACAGAGACCUAGACAAAGACCAUCACUACAGCAGAGAAACUUCUUUAUUUUCAAAAUCAUCCUCAACUUCUCUGAGACAAACUCAUCCUUCAGUGCCCCGUUAUCCAUCUGGCUCCAGAGUCCCUACUAGGACAGGAUCUCAGACAGACAAAAAAUAUGGACUCCUGCAGCCAGCCCCAACAAAAGUCGAACUUUCUCCCAAAAUGUCAUCCUCUAAAACACAUCAGUUGAUAAACAGGGAUGAUGAUUAUGAGGAUUAUGACCAGUCAGAAAUGGAGGAAAAUCCAACAUCUCCAGCAGCAAAGUGGCCAUCUUCUUCGGUUUCUGGGGGCAGUCAAAGCCUAAAUAACAAUGUUGCUGGUGAUAAAAGUAAAUCACCAAGCCCUGCAUUGCCCCCCAAAGCAAAAUUUGCUGAAGAGGAAGUGUACAAACAAGAUGAAGAGGAGGAACAGGAACAGCCCACUUCUAAAACAUCGAACACUGCAUUGAGUAGAUCUACUGCUUUAACUUCUAGGACUUCCCAGUCUUCUAACAAACUGAAUACAUUGCCUAAAGUGAACUUGGCUUCACCACGUUCCUCUGGUUCUACUUCUGGAUCUUCUCAGCUUCAUCCCAGUCACUCUGCUUCUCCAACACAUUCUUCAUCCUCAGUGUCCUCCAAUCAACGAACACAAAACUCAAGGUUAUCCAACCCUUCUCAACGACAGCAGCUUAGGCUUCCUAACAGGCAAGGAAAUGGUGGCAGGCCCAAUCUAACCACAAAACCAGAUCAAAAUAAUAAAGUAGUUCCUGGUACUAAUGGAAAGCGAAAUGGACAGAAAAUAAUAAAUGGUCCACAAGGAAUAAAGUGGAUUGUAGAUCUUGACCGAGGGCUGGUGCUGAAUGUUGAAGGAAGGUACCUCCAAGAUUCCCAGGGGAAACCUCUCAGAGUGAAAUUAGGAGGAGAUGGCCGGACUAUUGUUGAUUCCAAAGGAGCUCCUGUAGUAAGCCCAGAUGGUUUGCCGUUGUUUGGGCAUGGGAGAUUUAGCAAACCUGUAGCAAAUGCACAAGAUAAACCAAUCAUCAGCCUUGGAGGGAAGCCCCUGAUAGGCCUUGAAAUGGUUAAAAAAACAACCACUCCUUCCACCACCACAACCACCGUGAGGACAACUACUGCCACUACUACUACCACUCCUGAACCAACCACUCCUGAACCAACGACUACUGAGCCACCAACUGAGAAACCACAGCCUACCUGCCCACCUGGGACUUACGCAGAGUAUGAUGAAGAGGGGAAUAUUGUGUUAGGAUUUGACGGUCUGCCUGAAUGCAAUUCUGAAGAUACAUUCUCAGGGCUUGAUGCAGAUGUGGCGGGAACUACAGAGUCAUAUGUGAUAUAUGAUGGAGAUUAUGAGCUUUUUGAAACCACUUUGGCGCCCACAACCACCACAACCACUGCCGCGACCACCACCACAGAAGCAUUGCCCGAGUUCAGUGUGGUGGGCUCGGAUCCUCUGUUAGAAUAUGACGCUGCUGGAAAGAGGCGUUUCACUGCUCCUUAUGUGACUUAUCUAAACAAAGACCCAGCAGCUCCUUGCUCUUUGACAGAGGCACUAGAACACUUCCAAGUGGAGAGCCUGGCCGAGCUCAUACCCAGUGACCUAAAAGGCAUAGAGAUGCGUCCUCAGAAUGCCCCUCACAAUAUCACCAUAGUAGCGGUGGAAGGCUGCCAUUCCUUUGUGAUUGUCGACUGGGCUAAGCCUACUCAGGGGGAUCUGGUCACAGGAUAUUUAGUUUACAGUGCAUCUUACGACGACUUCAUCAGGAACAAGUGGUCAACUAAGACUGCAGGAAGCACUAAUUUGCCCAUUGAAAACCUGAAGCCGAAUACAAGGUAUUACUUUAGAGUCCAAGCAAAGAAUCCCUAUGGUUACGGACCUAUAAGCUCCUCAAUCUCCUACAUCACAGAAUCAGAUAAUCCUCUACUUAUUGUCAGACCACCGGGUGGUGAACCAAUCUGGAUCCCAUUCAGCUUUAAAUAUGACCCCACAUAUUCCGAAUGCAGUGGCAAGCAAUAUGUGAAACGGACAUGGUACAGAAAAUUUGUAGGUGUUGUUCUUUGCAAUUCAUUGAGAUACAAGAUUUACCUCAGCGAUGACCUAAGAGAUACAUUUUACAGCAUCGGGGAUAGCUGGGGAAGAGGUGAAGAUCAUUGCCAGUUUGUGGAUUCACACUUGGAUGGAAGAACAGGGCCGCAGUCAUAUGUAGAAGCCCUGCCUCCAAUUCAAGGUUAUUAUCGCCAAUAUCGGCAAGAGCCUGUAUCGUUUGGACGCAUUGGGUACAUGACGCCUUACUACUAUGUGGGCUGGUAUGAGUGUGGUGUGCCUAUUCCAGGGAAAUGGUAACUGUGCCGAGGUCUUCCUGCAACGAUUCAGCGCAGUCCAGCCAGCAGUGCCUUUUGAAUGACUGUCAUUGGAGGACUCUGAGCAGUUGGUUUGGCAAAGAGAGGAAAAAACGGAAACAUGGAAAGGAUGGAACUAGUCAAGAGUCGACGAUAGACGCGGAUGAAACUCCAUGUUGUGUAGACUUUUGUAAACCUAAGUCUAUGGUGCUGCUUGAUUACUCUGCUUUAGAGCACAGACAGGAGUUCUGCCUUCCUUCUCCUUGCCUCUAAAAGGCAUGGAGAUGUAUCUACAAUGGGUGCUACCUGUGCUCACUGAAACCUCAUAUAUUCGGUUAGCCACGAAAAAUUGGAAUGGUGAUGUAUCUUGCAAGGAAUGACUUAAGCAUGCUUUGCUUGCAUUACGGAAUGCUAACCACUUUCCACUGCUAUUAACGGGAUUCUCUGCUGCCUUCCACUGGCAGAGUCUUAUGCUUCAGAAUGUUGCUAUGCAGUCAUGCCGUGUUACUUAAAUGCCCAUGAGAACCGAUCAAUGUUACUCAAGACUUCUCCUGUGGGUUUGCACAUUGCUCCACGAUAUACCAGGUCACUAUGUAAAUUCAACUUAUAAAAAGCAGCCAACAACCACCAGUACUGUAUGCUUGCAAAAGUAUUUCUUAGAACUGAGGUUUUCUUGUUGAUUUAGAUGACUAUGUGUAUGGGAAGGUUUUAUGUAAAAGGUGCUAUUAAUUAACAAGUCUUCUAAAAAAAAAUCUGUGAAAAAUAUACUAUGCACAAUACAUUAACCAUGUAAAGAACCAGGCUUCUCUUCUUGUGAGUAUUGUUGAACUGUAAUGAUGUUGAUGUUUGUAUAAAAUAGAAGAAUUCA